AUGAAAUACAAUCUCCAUCCCUCCGUGAAGGCUCCGCCUGUCGAACAUGUCGAGUCUGUACCCGAGGACCUCAAAGCAUCUGAUGCGGAAUUCGACGCAGCCGCGAAAGGUCAAGCGCCGUCCGGAUAUGAAACCCUUGGGGUCAUUGACACGAUCAAGAAGUUCAAGCUAUGUACAGCAGUUUGCUUUGCUAUGGCCUUUAGUGCCGCGACGGAUGGGUAUCAGAUUGGCAUCAACGCCAGUAUCAUCGCGAACUCGGGAUUCGUGGAUCGUUUCGCCACCGAGAUCGGGAAAGACGGCUCUCCGGCCCUCGCGUCUCCCAUCCUGAGUGGCUGGAGCUCCAUCAUGUCCUGCGGUCAGAUCCUCGGCAUGACCAGUCUCGCCUUCAUAUCUAGUCGCUUCGGUCGCAAAGUCGCAAUGUACUUAUACUGGCUCAUACUCGUGGGCAGUGUCAUCGCCGAAUGUCUCGCCAGGUCGUGGCCCGUAUGGUUAAUUGCCAAGUUACUCGCCGGAAUGGGCGUCGGCGGCGUGCAGUCGACUGUCCCAACUUACAUCUCUGAAGUAGCGCCUGUUCGGAUCCGCGGUGGACUGUUGAUGUGUUAUAGUCUCUGGUGGACGUUAGGAUCGUUCUUUGCGCAGGUGGCGCUACAGCAUCUUUCACAUACCCAUCCAGGAAACUAUCUCACCCCGAUCUACACCCAGUGGGCACAGCUUGGACUCAUGUUCCUAAUCUACAUCAUCGUCCCCGAGUCCCCUGUCUGGUGCGUGAACGUCGGGAAGUACGAGCGCGCGAAGAAACAGCUCCGUACGCUCUACCGCGGCGUGACCGACUACAACCUCGAGCAACAGUUCCAGGUCAUCGUUUUAUCCGUCGAGCACGAAAAAGCCGUCGCUGUCGAGCAGCGUCGCGAGAAAUGGUACUCUAUUUUCCGCGGCACGGACGGUCUUCACGUCGGAUUAGCAGCCAAUGGCGCCACCGGAUGGGGCUAUAUCGGCGAAAUCUCCUCACAGCGUUUGCGCCCUUAUACGGCUGGAUUUGCGGCCGCAGCGACAUGUGUGAUCGGCGUGGUGAUGAACGUGCUGGUGCCGUACAUGACAAACGAGAAUAAGUGGAACUGGGGACUCAAGACGGGUUGGUUCUACGUGGGCGUCGGAUUCCCGUUUACAUUGGGGAUGUGGUUCUUGAUUCCUGAGACAAAGGGGCGAUCUGCUGCUGAGCUGGACGAGCUGUUUGAGAGAAAGAUCAAGCCGUGGCAGUUUCAUAAGACGGAGACGGCUACGCAGACGCUGGUGCAGAUGAAUGAACUGAGGAAGUGA